AUGGCGGACAACUUAACAGACGAAGAGCUUGCAAGGGAACUUCGAACGCAUGGAGAGACAGUAAAACUUCCGAUAAAGGCCGCAAAACGUGGAGUGCUCAUAAAAAAGCUUAACCACCUGCGGGUAAAAGCUGAAAAGGAACAAUCAGAAGUAUUUAAACGUCCGACAACGGUAAGCAGACCUCGACGAGGCACGCGAUCUCCCAGAAGUGCGAUAGCCAGUUUUAGUUCCGAUGAAAGCGAUGUCGGGGAUCCUGAUAGUCAAGCAAGAGUUACAGGUAGAAAGAAACUGAAACCAGCAGGUCGACGUGCGUCAACUCGAUUGUCUGGUGUAGUUGAUGGUGUUAAAAAUGCAGCAGGCAGUCCUGUUCUUAAUAGUGUAAAACACGAAUCUAACGUGAUCUCGUCCAACCCUAAUCAACUGCAUGCACCAUUUUUGUCAAGUGGAAGACGGUCCGCAUCGCCAAGUUCUCCAGCUGUAUCAGUUGAAUCACAAACGGGACAAACUGCAACCGUUCUGGGUAUAGAGCUAGGUAACCUUGGCAGGUCGAUAUUCUCACCAUGGAACAGAAAUACGAACUAUAAUAGUAGGUCUAAGCCAGUUGAGUUUGACUCCUCAGAUUCAGAUGUUGCAGAUGAUAGCACUUAUGUUGCUGAGAGCCGCGGUAUAAAUACAUCAUUCAACUUGGAUGAAAGUGACAAUCAAAACUUGAACAGUGAAACAGGCAGCUUCGGGACAAAUUGGUUGCGUAAUCGAGGUUCAAAGGAGAAUUCUUCAAUGAAAAAAACAAUUCAAGCACUUCCCCAUUCAGCACAAGCACUCCUGUUAGAGAAUCAUGGCACAGGACUUCUGAAAAUCACAGUCCAACUUUUGACAACUCUCCAUUAUAUAAACAAAAUUCAUCAGCAUCUAAUACGUCAGCAACUUAACUCAUCAAGACCAAGUCAUGUUUCUGCUGAAAAAAUGGCAGAGGAUCAACGUUUGCAGCGGGUGUUCAAGGCAAAGGAGCAGAGCCUGAAGGUCAACUAUAACCAACACAUUUCAAUGGUUCUGUUAGUUAUUGUUGGAGUGUUUUUCCUUGUACUCAGCGUUCUUUAUCUUAGUAUGAAAGAGUCCAGCGAUAUUCCUGUGGAUGAUACUAAAGCAGCCAAUGACUUGUUGAUUUGCACAGAAUGGCGGAGAGCUAUGGCUAAGGGUGAUGAGAAUGGAGAAAAUAAGAAAAAGCCAUGUUUUGAAGAAGAAGUGUCUCAUCUAGCUUUCAAAGUCAUCAGCCCUCUGUAUGAUGAGUUGAGUCAGAGGCUGGGUGAUUACAAGUGCGAGAAGCGGCAGACAGGAAAUAUGAGUAGAUCAGAGCUGACAGACUUCAUACAGAACUUCCUUGAACAGCAGAAGAUGUAUCAUUUAAAAGGAGAGAUGUAUACAGAUGUUGUGACUAGUCUCGUGAUUCAUAACCAACACUGGCAUAUCAGAGCAAUGAAAGACAGUGCAGAAUCGGCACAAGAUUAUUGUCAGAAGCAGAUAAAAGUUGUGUUUAUUGAGUCAACAGUUCCUUAUAUGAGUCUCUCUUGUCGCAUUCUGAAGGCUAUCAGAGUUACAACCAGAUUCUUUUGGCUUUUUGCCGUCGUCAUCUUUUUGAUAGUUGCUGGCUGUGUCACCAUCUAUGUUGUUCACUAUCGAGUAAAAAGACAGGAAGUGGAACAAAAGCUAGUUUAUGAUAUGGUGGAGAAGAUCAUUGAUGUUUUAAAACUUCACUGUGAAACACUUCAUGAUGAGGAGGAUGACAAACCUUACCUGGUUCAACAUGUCCGUGAUACGCUUAUCCCUCCUUCACAGAGAAAACAGUUUCAGUAUAUUUGGAAUAAAGCUGUUAAGUUUGUGGAACUUCACGAGUCUCGAGUUCGAGUAGAGACACAAACAAUCCACGGAGAAGACUUCAUUGUGUGGAGAUGGCUCCAGAAUUGUCCAAAAGGUCAAAAAGUUUGGCAGGGCCAAGCUUUUGGAGAAGACAAACUUAAUCAUGUGGCCAAAAGUUCAUCACCUUGUCUGAAAGUGUCCAACAUGUUUAAUGCUGACAAAGAAAAUGAAGAUGACUGGGAUAUCUCUGUUCAAGAUGCCAUCUUAGAGAAGUGCUCAGACUGCCAGAUUGUACAUCUUACUGUGGACAGAGGCUCUAACGAGGGAGUGGUUUAUGUGAAGUGUUGUGAUGCCCGGCAUGCUGGAAAGGCCUUCAAGCAGCUCCAUGGCUGGUGGUUUGAUGGGAAACUUGUCACUGUGAAAUAUCUGAAGCUGGAACAUUAUAACCGAAGCUUUCCUAUGUCGGUCAACUGUGUAGAACCUCUACAGCCCACAACAGACAGAAGGCUUUCCCUGGCCCAGCCGUUCCAUCGUUCCUCCCUGGAGAUGACAUAACUCAGAUGGUUUUUCAGAUGGUGCGUUUCUUAAAUCAGAAAGUCCCGUCGCAGUAUAAUCCAUAGACGUGAUUGCCAGUGAACUGUAUUAUGAUAGUUUUGCUGUAAAACAUGGCUUUUAACCUUGGAUGGUGCCUGUGGCAGUCAUUUUGUAAGUUAUGUGGUUUUGUUCCUCACAGGAUUUUGAAGAGACUUGCUGCUGAUGCUACAAGGAAGGAGCCCUUGUUUCUUUUUAUAUGUUGCCAAUUUGCCUGUUAAAGUGCCUUUAUUUAGCAUUGCAACCACAGUUCUUUAGUAGACUGUUACAAUCAACUCACUUCCCAAGCUGGGAGGGUGUGGUUGGUUUUCACACAUGAUUAUAGUUACCUUCCCCUUGUCCAACACUUGGUUGGUUUGUUCAUAAUCUGUGGAUUUACUUCAUCCCAUUAUAUAUUAUGUAUGCAUAUUUAGCUAACCACCACCACCCCUCCCACCACAAUGGACAGUAGUUUGUUUUCUGCUGCAUCUGCUGAUCAUGUUCUCACAGAAUCAUUGUCAUCUCCUCUGUAAAAGAUAUAAAUGUGUAUGCAUUUUUAAACAUAACCUACAUGUAAGUGUUUUGGAAUAUAAAUUCCAACAUCAGUACUUUCAGUGUUUCUGUUAGCAACAAAGUCAUUGAAGGUGGCCUAAGUGCAUCUAUUUUAAUAAGCAAUAUGUAAGAAAAGAAGUGUUCAUGAAUUAUCAGCCUGUUGUAGUAGUGAACAACUGUGCAGAAUUAGGUGUCAGAAUGUUAGACUAACAAGCCCUUUCUGCUUGACUUUAAUACAGGAUGCAGAGAAGUGGGACCUUUUUUCAUUUAUAUUGAAAUGCCUAACUGUGCCUGAGGUCAUUUUUGAGGUCAUGUUCAUCGUUUGUCUUCUUACUUGUACCUCUGUUGUUUUUGGCAAGUUUAUGGCAAGUUUAUGAAUCACAUCUGUGUGUAACAUGUAAUUGUAGAGUAGGUACAUUUAAAUAUCAUCUCUUAGUUGUACAUAUUUUAAGUACCAGUAUCUGCAUCAACAUUUUGUUUUUCUCCUCCACCCAUUUUUAGCUUUAUAUUGCCAAAUUGACAUCAACCAAAACAUGAAUUAUAAUUAAUUGUAAAUAUGUGCAAGAUAAUUUACAUAAUAUGUUACUUCUGUACCUCAUACAUAAAUGUACCAAGAACAUUUUUUUUUUUCUUUCUAUUAAUGUAUUGAAUCAGUUAAAAUGUGAGUUUUUCUAUUGAUAUUUUAGGGACAAUUCUCAAGAUAAAUAUGCUGUACAGAUUUAGUGAAUAUGUGGGUAUUUACCCUCAGAUGAAGAAGUCACAUUACAUUCUCAUAUGAUGUUUAUUCUCUAUAUCGUAUACAUGCAAAGAGACUGUCGAAAGACAACAGACACACAAUCACAUUUUGAUUGGCUCCAACAGGUUUGGAAUCAUGACAUUUUUUGUAUUUCUCGAGGUCCAGUGUUUGUGGUGCCAAUAAGUCAGUAACAUCACUAAGACUGGUAAUAUAAAUCAUUCCUGAAAGUAGAAGAACUGACCUACUUGUUUUUUUGUAAUGUCAAGCAAUAUACAUGUAGUAAAUUAUGUUUCGUUUGUUUGAAAAUUAUCCUAGUUAACACCUUUUGAAACAGUUAAGGAGUAAAGUGAAUCUUUUCUACAUUGCUGUUUGUCCUCAUGCGUGCGGGUUGUCUGUUGUUGAAAAGAUGUGUUCAUAUCUUCUACUUUAAAUAAUUUGUCAAAACAGAUUGUCACAAAUUGAUGCUGGGCUCUACUGUCUUUGUUGUUCUCUGUGGACAUGUGGUCAUAUUACACAUGCAAAGCAAAAUGGCCACAGGAGUCCUGGAGCCCACUUGCACAAAGCUGUUCUCCUAAACAUAAUGAGUGGAAAGGUCAAUCAGGUGUGAAAACUAGCAAAUGGUAGAUUUUGAUUGCCCAUGGCUAUGUUGCCCUGGCCUGAGUUUCAUGGAACAUGUUUAACAUAUUCCUUGGGUAAGUGCACUUCAUGUCUCUACAGCAUUUGUUGUCAUGAGAGUUACGGGCUUACUUUGCUGUGUGCCGUUCUGUAAACUGGGACCAUAGCCUAAGUAUGUUUUAACUGCCGUGAAGAAAUGGGUUAAAGGCAUUUGGUGCCAUAAUACAAUAAACUUGGUGCAAACCGCCCAUGGAUAUCAUGUAUAUAAUGAGCAUAGUGACCUGCUGCUUAUCAUUAGCUAGCUGUGUGGUAACUGUAUAAAUAUUUUGAACACAAGGAUGAAAAAUUGUCUGGUACGUUGUGGAAAUUCAGUUAAAAGGAAC